AUGGAGUUCUUGAGAACUUUUCUUUCUCUCUUUACAAGUUUUCUUGUGUUGAAUCUUUCUAUUUCUCAUGUUGCUUUGAUUUCAGCUAACCACGAAGAGUUUCUCAGCUGUCUCUCUUACAAAAUAAACGACUACACGGUCGAAUCAAGAAUCAUACACACAUCAAAAGACCCUUCCUACUACUCAAUCUUGAACUCUUCCAUACAAAAUCCAAGAUUCUCUGUUCUUGAAACACCUAAACCGGUCUCAAUCAUCACUCCGGUUAAAGUCACAGACGUUCAAUCUACGGUUAAGUGCGCAGGGCUUCACGGUAUCCACAUCAGGACUAGGAGUGGUGGUCAUGACUAUGAGGGCUUCUCUUAUAUCGCUAAAAGCAGACCGUUCGUUGUCAUUGAUUUGAGAAAUCUCCGGUCUAUAACAUUAGAUGUUGAUAACCGGACCGGUUGGGUUCAAACCGGUGCUACAGUUGGUGAAUUGUACUUCGAGAUUGGGAAAUUGAGCAAAUCUUUGGCCUUUCCGGCCGGUCUUUACCCAACGGUUGGCGUUGGAGGGCAAUUCGGAGGUGGUGGGUAUGGUACGUUGAUGAGAAAAUAUGGUUUGUCAGCGGAUAAUGUAAUUGAUGCACAUAUUGUCGAUGCGAACGGAACCUUUCUUGAUCGACAAGGCAUGGGUGAGGAUUUCUUUUGGGCUAUACGUGGAGGCGGGGGAUCGAGCUUUUGCGUUGUCCUAUCGUGGAAGAUUAGAUUGGUUGAUGUCCCGUCGGUAGUAACUGUCUUUGACGUCAAGAAAACAUUCGAAAAUGAGGCGGUCUCGGUCAUUAAUAGUUGGCAGUAUAUUGCGGAUAAGGUUCCUAAUGAUUUGUUCAUUAGGGCUAUGUUGCAGAGAUCGAACGAAACUUUGGUUUACGCUUCAUUCCCGGGACUUUAUCUUGGUCCGGUACGCGAUCUACUAGCGUUAAUGAAAGAGAAGUUUCCGGAGUUAGGUCUUGAGAUUGAAAAUUGUAGAGAAAUGAGUUGGAUUGAGUCUGUUCUAUGGUUUAUCAAAGAAGAAACUAUGGAAAGUCUCGCGAAAAGGAAACGAUCCUCGAGAUCUUUCAAAGGUAAAGACGAUUUUAUCCAAAAACCAAUACCUAAAACCGCGAUUCGCUACCUCUGGAGCCGAUUCUACAAACCCGAGGCUCGGCUCGCUAAGAUCAUACUCACUCCAUUUGGUGGCAAAAUGAGUGAAAUUGCGGAAUCCGAAACACCAUUCCCACAUCGAAAAGGGAAUGUUUAUGAGAUACAAUAUUUGGCUUAUUGGAGUGAAGAAGAAGAUAAGAACAACAAGACUCAUGAUACACAAAAGUACUUGAGAUGGGUCGAGAGCAUAUACGAAUUUAUGACUCCUUAUGUUUCAAAAUCUCCAAGAAGAGCUUAUGUUAAUUUUAGAGACAUUGACUUGGGAAUGUAUCUUGGGAUGAAUAUAAAGACAAAGUACGAGGAAGCAAAGGUUUGGGGAGUUAAGUAUUUUAAGAACAACUUCGAUAGAUUGGUAAGAGUGAAAACUAACGUUGAUCCAAUGGAUUUCUUCUGUGAUGAACAAAGUAUUCCAAUUAUGAAAUCAGUAAGUGACAUUUAA